ACAGAGGCUUGAUUCUGUCCCGACGCUCUCAGCGCUUUCUUUGGACACUCCGCCCUUAUCCCUGGAUAUUUCCACUCUUGUAUUUGUAACACCGCUGGAUUUUUCCUUGUUGAAAAACAGACUGCUCGCUACAUCGCUGGCUUGAUCGCUCGAAAUCUUUUCUUUGUUUUUUUUUUCUUUUUUUUUUUUUUUUGCACUUUACUGAAGCCCCUCGCAUCGGUUAAUCUCCUGUCAAGACAGUAUCAGCUUCAAAUUCUUCAUUUUGCACCGUAAAUCAGAUUGCUAUUACUGAUGGCCAAUUUAUGCCACUGUAUUUAACAAAUUGCCUGUCAGUUUGCUCUCUUUUCGAUGGUAUAUGGUAGUGUUUAUGUCAUGCAAAUUUCGUCUGCUGUUUUUCCCUGCAUGCAUGCAUCUCCAUCAGAGCUCGAUGCUCUGAGUCUACGUGGAGAUUUCACAACAGUCUUUUCCCUCGUACCCAUCUUUGAAUCGUGUGUUUAGUUUUAUUGUCAUUCUUUUGCCUUUUCUGGACACUUUUUGAAGUUCAGCUGCUCAUUCAUUGCAGUGUUACUGUUUUUGUACCGCUCUACAACAUGCAACACUUUUUUACUGAAAGCUGCCAAGCUCGUCUUGUGAACCUAAAGGUUACCGAACAGAAAACCAAAGUGCCAGACUCUGUUAAACCCAAUCCCAGAAUUCCUGUAACUUCAAGACCCGUUCUGACCCUAAACAUAACUGAACCUUCCACCACCUCCUGCAAUGGCAAGUGUAGCCCUUCAAAUGCCCUACAACAACAGUUACCUCCGUUACAGCAGCCAAUUCCUCGAUAUCUGCCCCGAGAAGUCCCUCCACGCUUCAGACAGCAGGAGCAGAGGCAGCUACUGAAGAGGGGUCAGCCUUUACCUUCAGGCACUUUGAACCUGACCUCUGCUUGCAUUCAGCCUGGGGUCAUCUCCCCUCCCGAGACUCCCACCAGCAAACGACACACGGGAUUACCCCAUCAAAGUGGCUUGGGAGCCCAGUAUGAGAAUUUCCAUUGGAGCAUCCCAGCCACUAAUAGCAGCAGUGGCAACUGGGAUCAAGUGAUCAUUAACCGUAACGACACUGAAGCUUGGCCUUCCAUUUUGCACGGCAAUAGCCAGCAAACACCAGAAUGCAUCUUGGAUGCUAAAUGCACGUCAGAGAGCAACAGUAGUAGCACUAUUAUGGCUACAGGAGCAAGCCAACACUGUCAUUACUCAGUCAGCAAAGCCAGCAUUAAUCACUCCUCUAGUAUGGUCUCGAAUCAAGGUGGCCCUAAUAGGGACUGGGACUCUGAGGGAGAGGUUGAUUUGUCCAUUGGCAGUAGAGGCCAGUCCACCUGGGGCACCACUAAUCUGAACCUAAAACCCAGUGCCAACCCUGCUGCUUGGCCAGCUCUUGGACAUGAAGGGCCAGGGGUAGGAUCAGGCCCCAGUAGCAUGGUUUAUUCAAAUUCCCUUUCACUCAAUAUGUGUGGCCAAGGAGGAGAGCCACCAACUCAUGGCACCAGUGGAAAUGCUAGCUUUGGUUGUGUCAAUGGAAACCUUGUAGGGGACUGUGCAUGGGGUAACCCAGAUAUGCCUGAACAGCAUCAGUCACCCACAAAUGUAUCUUUCAGCAUGAAACCUCCUAAACUUAAAACUAAUGGACCAAAUAACACUAAACUAGAGCAAAUGAGUCCAGUGAACAGCUGGGGAGAAAACCUCAGUCAAUCACCUACUGAGCCAACCAGUGGAGACGGAACUGCUUUCUUGUGCAAUAGAGAUGCCAAAAAUGGAGAAUCAAAGGAUUCAGGCUGGGAUUCUGCUGGCAUCUCCUCCUGGGGGAAGAGAGGAGCAAGCAGUGGGAGUUGGGGUGAUUGGUGCAAACAGCCAAGCAGUCAGGGUACAGGAUGUGAUUCCAAUGAUUGUCCCUCCCAGGAACAUAUGAGCUCCUGGGGCCCUGAUAAUCCAGCAAGUGUGGGCAGCAGGGACAGUAGUGAGGGCUGCCCACAAAGAAGAGAGAGGUCCUCAAGUGAGGAUAUGGACCCAUUGCUCCCAAAGCAGGACAUGGACCCACGUGUGCUCUGCAACUCAGGCUGGGGACAGACUCCAGUCCGACAGCACACUGUUUGGGAAAUGGAAGUAAGCCCUAAUAAAAAUAAUGAUUCAAGGACUGAGAUCUGGGGCUCUUCCAACACACCUUCAACUGGACCUGCCCACCCUCCUCCUGGGUGUGCCAGUAACAACAUUAAUGCACCUCCUAGAAUGGACUCGAGCAAGAGCGAGGGACUUUGCCAUGCCAUUCCAAAUGCAGGCUUGGGAGGAUCAAUCCCACCCUCCACUCAGCCUAACAGUGGAUGGGGGGAACCACCUGCAAAUAAAAAGGUUCCCAAUGAAUCAGUAUGUGGCUGGGGCGAUCCCAUUGUAGAGGGUCCCGACACCAGUGGCUCUAAUGGCCAUUCUUGGGUUUCUGAAGAAAAGACUUCUAGCUGGGAAGAUGGUACUUCUCAGAAGAAAACACAAGGUUGGGGUGAAGGACCCAAAACCUCCUCAGGUUGGGGAAGUAGUGGCAGUGGGAAUAGUGGAGAGUGGGGAGACACCUCAGAAGUGCAAAAGAAUGGCUCUGGUAGUUCCACUUGGGACCCUGACAAUAGUAGCUGGAAAGAAACCCAGAGAGGCUGGGGUAAAUCAGCAACAGCACAGGGUAGUGGCUGGGGUGAUGCUCAACAUUCCAGUGGUUCAGAACAAGGUUGGUGGGGAAAACAUCAGAAGUCACACAGUGGAGCUGGAGGCAUGGGAUCAUGGAGUGGCCCAAACUCCAUGAAGCAGAGCAGCUCUGGCUGUGGCUCUGGAGGACAACAUGAUCCAGGAGAUGAGGCCAAAGGCUGGGAGGAACCCUCUCCUUCCUCUGUUCGUCGUAAGAUGGAAAUUGAUGAUGGAACCUCCACCUGGGGUGACCCCAGUGCUUACAACAAAAGUGUAAACAUGUGGGACAGGAAUAACUCUGCCUCCAAGAACCAUCCAGGAACUAGCAACAAUGGCAGCAGUAAAAGCCUUUCUGGGUCAAAUAACAACAACAAUCAUCACCCACAACAUAGUCAAGCUCCCCCUCAGAACAAUGGUAAUGGAAGCAACAACAGUGGCUCUCCCAGUCAAAGUGAGUCUCCUCACAACAGGAAGUCAAUGGUGAACCCAGGCUGGGGAGAGCUCCCCAACAUCCAGCCAAACACGGAACCCUCUUCAUGGGUGGAGCCAACCAUUCGUGGUGAGCAUCCUAGGGGCUGUGGGGGAUGGGGUGAGGGUGGCCUUGAGACCAGUAGGUCUUAUGGCAGAGGCAGUGCACCUACUGGAUCAGGCCCCUGUCAGGAAGGUUCCAAACCUAUGCAAGAUGGCUGGGGAUCAGGAGGGGAAGAGAUUGGCAUGAACGCUGGCCAGUGGGAUGCUGAUGAUGGUGACAUGUGGAACAGUCCCACCUCCCAAGACUCCUCUUGUAGCUCCUUGGGUCAAUCCAAGAAGGGCCCACCAAAUGCCAAGGUAUCCAACAAGCAGGUUGAUAUUUGGAUCAUGACCAGACUUAUCAAACAGCUUACAGAUAUGGGUUUUCCAAAGGAUCCUGCAGAGGAAGCCUUAAAGAGCAACAAUAUGAAUCUGGAUCAGGCCAUGAGUGCUUUGUUGGAGAAGAAAACCGAACUGGACAAAUGGGGGAUGGACAUGUCGGACUACAGUAACCUAAUGAAUAAGCCCAUAGUAUGCCAACCCACAAACCUCUCCAAAGACCCCUCGCUGGAUCGUGCACUCUACCUUGAAAAGGAUGGCAGGCUGUCAGAUGAUGCUCCGACCUCACCGUUUAUGCCUUCUCCUGGCCUCAAGCUCCCACUGGCCAACAGCAGCCUCCCUAGCCAUGGAAUGGGUGGGGUCUCCUCUGGGCAGUCCUUUCAAAACUUGAACAACAGGCAGAAUGGAAUGUUCGGAACUAAUGGAGCAGCACAAACUCGGGUCAUGCAGCAGCAAGCCCUGCCCCCUCAGCCACCAGUGCCACCUCUUAGCUCCACCCAGCCUAAUCUACGUGCUCAAGUGCCUCAGUUUCUCACCCCUCAGGUUCAAGCACAGCUCUUACAGUUUGCGGCAAAAAACAUUGGACUGAACCCUGCACUUUUAACCUCACCAAUAAACCCUCAACAAAUGGCCCUGCUGUAUCAACUACAACAACUGCAGUUGGCAUAUCAGCGUUUGCAGAUUCAGCAGCAAAUGAUGCAGGCUCAGCGUAGUGUCUCUGGUGCAAUCAAACAACAAGAGCAGCAAGUUGCACGUACAAUCACAAACAUGCAGCAGCAGAUACAGCAGCACCAGCGUCAGCUGGCCCAGGCCCUGCUCAUGAAGCAGCAGCAGCCUCCACCCUCCUCUCAUACCGGCCUGCACCCCAACAUUGGCAAGGCAGGCCUGGAUACGUUCACAAGUCACCCUCAGACUUCAGGUCUCUCCGUCUCUGACCUGCAGACCAAAGAGCAGCAGUCUUCUCCAAACUUUUUCAGCCUCUAUACACUCUCUGGCUUGAACCCAAACAUGAAUGUAAACUGUAUGGAUGUGGGCUGUCUGUCUCUGAAAGACCCAGCUCAGCCUCCUCAAUCCAGACUCUCACAGUGGACUCAUUCAAACUCCAUAGAUUCCCUGACAGCUGGCACCCAGCACAUGGAGGCAAACCUCAAUAAGCAUGGUGCAAUCUCCGCUGCUCAAUCCCAUGUGCCUGUCAGAAAGACAACCAUGGAGGAUUCUUUCAGCCCAUACAAUCUUAUAUCAAACUCUGAAUCCCCCACCAGCACCUUGAUGUCUCCAGAGAGCUGGACACAGGGCAAAAGUCCCAGUGAGAAAAUCUCAAGUGGAUCCAAUAUCAGCUGGCCUCCAGAGUUCUGCCCUGGGGUGCCAUGGAAAGGUCUGCAGAACAUUGACCCUGAGAAUGACCCCAACAUGACCCCAGGAAGUGUUCCUAGUGGCCCCACCAUCAACACUAACAUACAGGAUGUGAACCGCUACCUGUUACGUGACAGGACUGGAGCCUCAUCCCCUACUCAAAGUGGGACACUGUCGUCCUCGAGUAAGUGGCUGGUCAGUGCCUAUAGCUUAUUUGGUCUGUCAUCUGAGAACGAGGUGGAUGAGGACAAUGCAGGUAAACUCUUGGAAAUGAAGUCUACACUGUCCCCUGGUCCCAUCUCCCACACGAAGACCUCUUUGUCUCAUGAGUUAUGGAAAGUUGCCCCUGGGACAAUUAACUCUAGUGCCCCCUCUCGUCCCCCUCCAGGCCUGACAAACACCAAGCUCUCCUUCGCCUUGGGAGGAAACUCCCUUGGCCUCAGCCAGGGAUGGUCCGGCUCUUACUCAUCAGAAGGGGGAAGCUGGAGCACUGACAGUGCCAACAGGGCAAGCAGCUGGCUGGUGCUGAGGAACCUCACUCCUCAGAUUGAUGGCUCCACCCUGCGUACCCUGUGCAUGCAGCACGGCCCUCUCAUUACCUUCCAUCUGAACCUGACGCAAGGCAAUGCUGUCGUACGUUAUAGCUCCAAGGAGGAGACCGCCAAAGCCCAGAAUUCACUGCACAUGUGUGUGCUGGGUAACACUACCAUUCUGGCAGAGUUUGCCGGUGAGGAGGAUGUGAACCGCUUCUUUGCACAAGGCCAGUCCCUUACCCCAACCACCAGCUGGCAGGGCAGCCCAGCACCUGGCUCUAAUCAACCCCGGCUGGGAAACCCUGCUGCCAGCCACACCACAGGCCUCUGGAGUGGGGGUGGAGGAGGUAACAAGACAGUCUGUAGUAGUGGGAACAACAGCAAUGGGCACAGAGGGGACCUGCUGUGGGGCGGCGUGCAGCAGUACUCCAGUUUAUGGGCUCCCCCAAAUGGAGAUGACACCAGGGUCAUCGGAAGUCCCAUCCCAAUUAACACUCUGCUCCCGGGAGACUUGCUGAGUGGGGAGAGCAUGUAGGUUUAUUCUGACAAUGGACAUCAUAAACUGACAAAGUCAUGAGACCUAAUGGAGCAAAACCCAAGCGAAUCAAUGUGGCGAUAAUCACCAUCUCUGGAGUUGUAAUGAAGGAGGUUUAGGGUGAGAUGAAGCUGCAGUUUUUUUUUUUUUUUUUUUUUUGUCCCCUAAUUGUUAUAUAUUCAAACUGUUUGUUGUGUUUGUGGAUCUUGUUCUUAGUGCUCAAAUACCUUGAGAAACAAGGAUCAAUAGAAGCAGGAGCCUUUUGAUGUUUUUUGUUUUUUUUUUGGUUUGUUUUUUUUAUAUAUUUUUUUAUUUUUUUUUGCUCAAAAGUAUUGUUCAGGAGAAGCCAUCAAAGAGGCAGCCAUUCUGAAAGCGACCCAGGCACAGUGAGAUCUCGUCACUCCUUUCUGCUGAUUGGAUUCAUCCUGGUACUUUAUGUUUUAAAGUUUGCAUCAUCAGAACUUAUAUUAACUGUAAGUGCUCUCUGUCUCCAGGUCCUCCUCAAACACUUUUAUUUUCUUAAAACCAUCAACAAAAAACAAAAAAAAACUUUGUAUCUUGCACAGUUCUGUUACUGAGCCAGCAAAUAGGCCAGAGCAAAUGUGAACAACAACAACUCCUAGCAGUGGCCUGUCAGCUUGACUAAUCACCAACCUUUUUUCUUUUAUUCUUUUAGUUUUACAAAAGAGAGCUGGACUUCUCUAUUAUUUCUAUUACCCAUGCCAUAGGUGUUCAGUUAAAAAAAUAAGCUGAUUGUUAAGCUUUGAUGUGUCUGCUGAAACUUGACCAAGCAUCUGUGUGCGAGUACAUAACCACUGUUAAAAACACUCAGUGGAGGCUUUUUUAAUUGUACCUAAUGGACUUCAGUGUUGAAUCAAUCAAAAGUUAUUCAGUUACUAUUUGGUGUAUCUGGUCAGACAUUUUAUUGAAAGAAGAAAACUAAUUGUGUUGCAUUGUGCAAUAGAAGCCAGAGAUUCCUUCUUCCGUUCACACUGAAGCUUACUGAAACUUUUUUUUUUUAAGAAUUUAACCUUUUGGACUCAUUGUCCUACCUAGCCUGUCUGUUCAUCUGGCUUACUGGCUGUUCGGUAUUCUUGUGGGAAAAGGAGGAACUGUUUGAAAUCGUUCCAUGCUAUUUGAAACUUUACAAAACAUGCUGCAUGUGUGGCAUUGCACAGUCUAACAGCUGCUUAUUCACCAAACAGAAAUGUAAUCCAGAGCGGGGAGUCAGGCACAAUACAAAAUACAAAGGGUUUCUCUUAAUGCAGUACAGAAUAAGAGAUCCUUGCAUUUGGUGCAAACAAAAAAUAAAUUUACGUUUUCUAUGUCUCUUAAAUGGGAAUUAUCAUAGCACUUAUUACAAGACUGAUGCUCCAUCUGUGAAACCAAUAAAUCAGAUAAUGGAGUGUAUAUAUAAAAAAAUAAAAAAUAAAAAAAACAAUUACAAAGACUUCUUCUGGCAACUUUUAGCUCUUUUUUUGUUUGUUUGUUUUCUUACUGGUGUUCAGAAUGCUUUUUUAUUAUUAUUGUUCCUCUCUGGUCCAGAAACUUGAGUAAAAAAAAAAAAAAGAAAAAAAAAAUGAAGGGAAAAACAAGACGAAACUCUACAAUCAGACAAAACUUGCAAUGUGUUUUUUGUGUCUGUAUAAAUUUUUCCCACUCACUCUCAAAGUGAAUGUUAUUGUUACUCUAAAAUUGUUGUACACCUUUACUCUGUCUGGAGGAGGCACCUGGAUAAGUUGUGUUGGGAGGACUCUGUUUGACUGGCUGUGUGGUGUCUUAGUGCCUCUUUGUGAACUGUGAAAAUGGAUUGGAGGACAUUUGAUUCUCUAUAGCAAAAACCUCCAUGCACCUAGUACAAUGGAAAGCAGGAAAGGACAGUAAUGAUGUCGAAAUGAAAUGGAACUUGCCGUCAUCAUUCAUCAUUGUGUAGUGGUCGCUUAGCUGUGGAUCUUGGAAUGUUCCCACCUGUGAUUUUAGUGCUCCUAGCCACAUAGCUAAAGCCAAAACUCUCUGGAUAACAUCACACCUCAGAAAGCCCUCACUUCAUAAUGACCAGCUCGUGCAUCUGUACCCACUUCCUCCCUCCCUUGGCCCCAAAUGAGCAUUUACGCUGGAAUUUGUGUUCUCUGGAAUUGUGUUGUAUAAUGUGCUCUGAGAUUUCCCCCCUCUUUCUGUUGGUCAACAUGUAGUGGUCUUUAACUGCCAGCAGUCCUCAUAUGCAGAUACACUUUAAAAGAGGUGCCUCUGUAUUCCUGUCCUGUGUAAUGAAUGCAAAUGAGAAUCGAUGAUUUUAUUUUUGUUGUUAACAAUAUUUCAAAUGACUCUUUAUUGAUAUGCGUGCGUGCGCGCACGCAUGUGACCUCACCCUGGGUGUCCCACCUCUAACUCAGCUGCUAAAAUCCACUUUCUAUUUUGUGGUCUUAGUGAUGCCAAUCCUGUUAUCAAGAGAAACCGUCGUACUUGAAAAGCCCUGUCCGAGCAGUGUUUCUUUGGACAGAAUCUUUCUACCACUGGCUCUUUAACUACAGCACACAGAAUGCUGUUACUAUGCAAAUUUGUAACAGAUGGGCAUGUAAUGUCUGCCUUUUGAAACAGUGCCAAUCUUUGAAAGGAACUUUUAAAUAUCUUGCAGUCCUCCCAUAGUACUUAAUUACAUACUAAAGGCCAUUGUAAUCCUUGUGAAGACUGGGAUUUUGUCUGACACUAAGCCAACUCAAUACAGUUUUAUUUUGGGAGGGUUGUGUGUUAAUUCUGCUGAAUUUGAUAGAUCUCAUUUCAAUACAAGCUCAGGGCAUGACAAGAUAUACUAAAUUUAUGUUAAAUGAAAAUGAAGAUUAUCAUUGUAAGCCAUUUUAUACACUAAAUGGUGUGUAAAAAGCUUACAAAGCAUACGUUAAAAAAUGCAAAAGGAUAUUUAAUGGUGGGGCAAUAAAAGGAGUAUGGCUUUUUAUGGGUCUUCUCACAGGGACUGUUGCAGAGCCACCAGACUCAGAUUUUAAAGUUUGUAUAUAAAUGAGACAUAUCUUACCUCUCUGCUGCUGGUUGCAGUGAAUUAUUCCCCCAUGGUCUCAUGUGCCAAUGUAUACAAAGAUAUAUAUUGUACACUGUGGCAUCUCUGACUGAAUUUGGCCACAUCUUAAAUUCCAUGUCUUGUCCAAAUGUUUUGGUUUUGGUUUAGAGCACUUCUGUUUGGAGGCACUUUGAAGUUUAUUGUGUGUUUGAGGUGGGAUUGGGUUAAGGGGUUAGAGGAUAUUUGUUAACACCUCAUGCUGAUUGUGAUAAUUCUGUUGUUAGCAUUGGAAGGAUCUUUUAUAAAAAUUUAAACAGCAAUGGGGGCUAAAGGUGUACAGGUAAUGAACAAUCCCUGGUACUCUUUUUGAAUACCAAAAAUUAAGUAGUGUUUUAAUAUAUUUUUUCUAAGAUUGACAAAAACAUCUAAACAAUGAAGGAAAAAAAAAAAAAGAUCUAUAGCAUUUAAAACUGCACUUCUUACUGAUAUUAUCUCCGGUUUGCUGCUCUGUCCUUCCCUUAUUCUGAAGGUUGAUAGCAAGCUGGAGUGCUUUUUGUGUAUGCUGUAUUAACUGGUUGUUUGUAAAAAAUAAAUAAAAUAGGCCCCUAAACAGUACAUUUCCAUAUAAAAAUAAAA